AGACAUAAAAAGAAACACGCUCUAUGAGGAAUAACAGUGAAUGCGUGUUGAUAUAAUUAAGUUUAAAAAUGGUAGUUAUUUAAAACAUUAAGAAAUACGAAUUAGAGCGGCAAUAAGUUACAAACUUGUCAAAUUGGAAUAAGGUAAGUAAUUCUAACUGACCAUAUACCGUUAAUUUAAUUAAAAAAGGUUGACCCUAUCGUACUUACCAUAUUCCAGUUUAGAGAAACAAGAUAACCACAGAUUUCGACAUUCUAUCACACAAAAUCGAGUUUGAGAGACACGUUUAAAUUAUGAUUAAAGCUGAAAAUCAUUGAAGGACGAACUUUCUUUCUUCCCGUUUAUCCAUCAAGCCGUAAGCAACCGAGUUUGAAGUACCAACUUGAAUGACAAUGCUUUUCAAGCUCCCUUUCACUAAAUUACACAUAUUCUGAACACUACAGCCGUUCGUCUUCCAUUCACCUUCUUGUAAUACUGUAAUUUCUCAUCGGUGAUUUACGGAGAACAUUUCGGUGAACUCGGUAAUUUCGCGUUAGUUCUCCAUUUCCUUAAAAAAUGGAAAUAGUCAACAGAGUAAAUUAACGAAUUCAUGUGCAAUUGCUCGGUGAAAGGAAACGACGAAGAAGGGAGUAAUAGAAAGAACCUUCGUACUAUCAAAACUGCCAUUUUAUUUACUUUUUAUUGAGCAAUAUACUCAAGCACAGCUCAACACACACUGCUUCUCCCGAAUACAGAUAUGAAUAAGCAAUCCAACACACGGGAUCUUGUCUGGAAUGGUUCUCUAUCUAUCUCGGUGACAACUGAAAGCUCUCCAUUAUGUUAUAUGACAAAUAUUCCACGAUUGUCGUACAUCGCAUUCAUUCUUGAUGAAGUCCGAAAGAUAUUAUGUCCUAAUGAAAAACUGGAUAAUUGCUGGCUAGAAUUCGAGGGUGUUCCUCUCAAAAGUCACUGGCCUAUUGGCGUCCUCUACGAUUUAUAUACAGCUACGGACCCGGAUGCACCCCGGUCACCGGUGCUUUGGAAACUGGUUCUUCACUAUGAUAACUUUCCAGCAUCCCAACUUAUUCCGUGCAACGAGCCAACUACUUUUCGAACACUGUUCUUUAAUGCUUUGAAGGAGAGCGACUACGUACGCAACAAAAGUGCUUCCUAUAUUUUGUCAUUGUCCAACAGCGCAACAGAAGAACUUUGGACUUCUAUACAAAAGCAUGAUUUUGAAGUCUAUCAACGGUUUAUUCCGAGACUGCGGUCUGCAAAGUACGACCAACUUCCAGUACGCAUAUACAUUACACCAGACACACCCGUCGUGCAAGAGAGUGUUUCUUGUAAAGAAACACUCGGAUCCAUGUUGCACAAAACUCUUCCUAAGUUAUUUCCCUCACAAAAUAUUGCCGUCUUAGCCAAGGCUAUUGUUCACGGAAUAUCAAUACCCCUUUCCACUAACAUGAAUUUGCUAAACCAGGAACUCUGCUAUACCGACGGUUUUGUUCAUAUUGUUAUACACAUGUUAUAAACGACAGGGCAACUAUCAUGUCCAUUGUAUUAUGAAUUCAUGACUCAACUUUUAAUCAAAAUUAACAUUACUGCCGGGACGCGUAUGAAGUAGUCUGGUAUGAUGCCUGGGCGGUGGGAAGUUGGGCGGUUGAACCUUUCAUGAUACCUUGUGAACGAAAGUAUUUUUCAUAAGGCGACUCACCCAUUUUAAUCCUGGCUUCAUUCACCGCAAUGCCGGGAUGACCCUGCAUGGAAAGUAGGCGGGCUUCUACCUCGCUGAUAUUUCCAUUUUGCACAAGGCGAGAUUGAUCAUGCUUCCGAACACUAAAGGGUCCAAAUGUGUCACGAUCAAGUUCAAAGUACAGUUGAAUCGCAUUAGGAUGCUGUGCCCGAUUCAACAAAUAAUCCAUACUUAACCGUGCAAGAUCUUUGAUGGUGCGAGGGGGCAAGUUGGUAUCUUUUCGGAUCGUGUUUAUUAUCGAGGAAACAUGCUCAAAGUGUUCUGCUGCAUUUCGGGUAUCUAGAAGUGUUAGAAUUUAACAGAUGUGGAUGUCGGCAGAUGCUUACCAAGAGGCUGCUCAAGCUCAAAGGUGAGAUAAUUUAUCCAAAAGUAGCGACUGUCACGUAAAGCAACUGCGUUUUGUUGAAAAGCUUGGCGGGCAGCUUCAAUAUUGCCCUCAAUUUUCCAUGUUAAUUUGAUAUCUUCGGUAAUAAAAAUGGCGGCUGUCGAAGGAUCGCAUUGGCCCUCAUUGACAAUACUUCGGAGCACCGAUCGUGCCAUAGAGAGGUCACCGUUCACUGCGAUUCUACGCUCCAAACCAACCCAGCCCAUGACAGCCUCAAGAUUUCCGGGAACUGAAACGCUGUUAGUAAUAGGAAACCCAACAAGGAUGCGUACGUUGUGUUAAAAUAGAUUGAUAAAUAAUCCGUGCAGUAUCCACGUUACCACAUUUUUCUUGCAGCAAGGCAUAUUGAAUGCGAAGGCCCGGCCGCGAAAUAGAAGUGAAGAUUGCGGCUGCACGUUCGUAUAUCAUUUUUACAUCUUGUUCGUGACCAGGUUUUGAAGACAUCCAUCUGGCAUAUCGAAACCAGAACUCAUCAUAUAGCGCGCAUGCAACUAAACAUUUUUCGUACAAAAAUACAAUCCGGUUGAAGUCACCCUCCACCUCUUCAAAGUCCAGAUAUUUUCGCCAAUUUGUAAGCUGCGUUUCGUCUAACUCCUUCACAUGGAAGUAGGGUCUUUUUAUUUCCGACUCGAAGGUCCAACGCUUGACCGUUUCGGUUUGUGUCUGCUGGAAUUGUUGAAGGAAAAUGCGGUGAAUGCGAGCACGCAUUUCACGCUCAAUUUCUAGUUCACCACGCUCCAAUUUCAUUUGUUUCGAGCCGGCAUUCACCAUUUUUGGGGGUUCACGAAGAACGUCGGCGCGUACCGAAGCCAAAACGUCUUCAGGAAGUAAAAUAUUAAGCGACUGUGUUUGUGCAACCUGCAUAAACCUUUCAUGAUGUUAGUCAUUGCGCGUCACAAGACAAGGAAGGUGCCAAUCAUAAAGAACGGCUAAACUUACUUUUCAAAGUACCGAGCGUACUGGUGCAAGGGGGUACGAAUAAGUCUCUCCAGCAACCGGAAAACAUUGUCUUGUCGUUCCUGUCGCUCCUCAAACUCAAUGUACUUGUCCCAGAAAGGGUGUGAGAGAAAAUCUAGGCCGAUAGACUCAGCACCAGCUUGAAAGAGCCUAGAAGAUUUGUGGUUAAUUCCGACGUUUACAAAAAAAAUAACAACACACAGAACCAACCAGUACGUACUCUCGAAUUUCUUCUGACUUAUGGCUCGUUUCCAUUUUGAAAGCACAGUAGUUGGCCCAGAGGUCUACUGAGCAAGGGAUUCCCGCAAUUCCGCGUUCAUACACCUUUUGUAUUCUGUUAGCAACAAACCCAAAACCCUGGGACUCAUUAUCUUCGUCGAGAGGCAAUGAACACUCUAAUAAUGAAAACUUACGCGUUCUGCGGCUUCGACGCCGGCGACAUAAAAUUCCAAGUCGGCAUAUUUUUUCCAGUAACCAAAGAGCAAAGGAAACUUUGUCAAAAACCGAUCGUACACACCUCGAAGCGUGUCCAGCGUUUGUUUUGACGAGUUCCGAUUAACACCUCCUUCCAGACCCUCUGAUGCUCUAACUAACGCUUCCCUAAACAAUGAUGUUAGUUUCGUGUUUCAUGAAAAACGCGUUAAUUGCGUACCAAGCAUCAAAGUCGUCCGGAUUUUUAGCGACCUGACGAUUGCAGUUGUCCCAUUCUGUCUCUUCUGUUAUAUAAAUGUCACCGUAAUCCAUUAUAGGAAGAAACAAUGCACAGCAAACCGUGAACGCUGUCAGCAGGUCCGUGAAGCGAUGCUGGGCAUACAAAUUAGGUUAGUGAGCUUUACCGGGGUUUAGGGCGGCGGACAUAGUGCGGGGCCGUUUUUUUUGACUUUGGCG